AUGGAGUGGAAGCUGUCAGAGAGCACCCGCGCACGGGAGACACUUCUUGCUGAUGGCCUGCCCCGAGAGACGGAUGAGGAGUCGCUUGCGGUGGCUCUGGCGGCUUACGGCGCUGUCGCCUCUUGUCGCAUUGUGAGGCGAGACACAGGCGUGUCGACGGGCACGGCAGAGAUCGUCUUUGCUGACGAUGCCGCUGUGGACCUGGCGCUUGCUGCCUCUGCUUCCGGAAAGCUGGUACUCUCCUCGCUGCCUGUCGAUUCCGUCUCUCCUGCUGCCUUUUCCCUCCGCCGCCUCGUCGACCCGUCCAAGCUGCUCAUCGCGCCCGGGCUCUCUGCGGCUGUUGCAAGCACAAAGUGA